AUGGCAGAUGACAAUUCCGCGCGAGAAGAUGAGGGUUUCGAGGAGGAAGAACUCGACGAGACCAGCUUCAGGUCCGUGAAAGACGCCGUUUUGUUCGCGAUCGAUAUUAGCAGUUCCAUGCUGAAGCCUCGUCCUUCUGCGGACCCUAAGAAGCCCGGUGAAGAAUCCCCGGCGUCGGCUGCUUUAAAAUGCGCAUAUCACUUGAUGCAGCAGCGCAUCAUAUCCAACCCGCAUGACAUGAUCGGGAUUCUGCUGUAUGGCACCGAGUCAUCCCAAUUCUACGAUGAGGAUGGCGAAAGCGCCGACCUCUCCUAUCCUCAUUGUUACCUCUUUACCGACCUCGAUAUUCCAUCGGCGGAGCAAGUGAAGGAGUUGCGAUCUCUGGCAGAAGAUGAAAAUGUGGCGCGGGAGAUCUUGAAGCCAUCAGAGGAACGUGUCUCAAUGGCCAAUAUGCUAUUCUGUGCAAACCAGAUCUUCACCUCCAAGGCUCCGAACUUCCUUUCCCGGCGCCUUUUCAUUGUUUCCGAUGACGAUAACCCGCACAGCGACAACAAGAGUAUUCGAUCUGCUGCAACUGUCCGUGCAAGAGAUCUGUACGAUCUCGGGGUCACGAUUGAAUUGUUCCCCAUCUCUCGUCCCGACCAUGAAUUUGACACAUCCAAAUUCUAUGAUGAUAUCAUUUACAAAACCUCUCCCAGCGAUGGCGAGGCACCGGCAUAUCUUCAGCCCGAUACAAACGCAACAACUGGAAAGGGUGACGGAAUAUCACUUCUCAAUACUCUCUUAUCAAGUAUCAACUCCAGGUCGGUGCCACGGCGAUCACUCUUCUCCAAUGUCCCUCUGGAACUCGGACCCAACCUCAAAAUAUCAGUAAGUGGCUAUCUUUUGCUCAAGCGACAAGAACCAGCUCGAAGUUGCUACGUCUGGCUUGGAGGAGAAACGCCUCAGAUCGUCAAGGGCAUCACCACCCAGAUGGCAGAUGAUACUGCACAAGCAGUCGAAAAGGACGAUAUUCGUAAAGCAUACAAAUUUGGUGGAGAGCAGGUUGCCUUCACGAUCGAGGAGCAGCAGGCCUUGAGAAACUUCGGGGAUCCUGUCAUCCGCAUCAUCGGCUUCAAGCCACUCACUGCGCUGCCUAUCUGGGCUAACGUCAAGCAUCCCUCUUUCAUCUAUCCUUCCGAAGAAGAUUACAUCGGCUCGACGCGUGUGUUCUCGGCCCUUCAUCAAAAGCUUCUCAAAGACGAGAAAAUGGCCUUGGUCUGGUUCAUUCCCCGCAAAAACUCCACGCCAACCCUGUCUGCUAUGAUUGCUGGUGCUGAGAAGAUAGAUGAGAAUGGUGUGCAGAAGGUACCGCCUGGGAUGUGGAUUAUCCCUCUUCCUUAUGCAGAUGACGUUCGAAAGAAUCCCGAGUCCACUAUGAACGUGGCACCAGAACCACUGAUCGAUACGAUGCGCGCAGUUAUUCAGCAAUUACAGCUUCCAAAAGCCGUUUACGACCCUACUAAAUACCCAAACCCCUCCCUGCAAUGGCAUUACCGCAUUUUACAAGCUCUGGCUUUGGACGAAGACCACCCAGGAACACCAGAAGACAAGACCAAGCCUCGAUACCGACAAAUUGAUAAACGCGCGGGAGACUACGUCCUCGCCUGGUCCGAAGAACUAGAUGCUCAAUCCGCCAAAAUGUUCGGCGGCACCGCCGCCACAAAGUCAACACUCGUUAAGCGCGGCCCGAAGGAACAACCCGAGACUGCAGAUGCGGACGCUCACCCAGCGAAGCGCGUGAAAACGGAGGGUGGUACUUCCGAACUCGAUGAUGAGAUCAAGCGAAACUUCGAGAAGGGCACAGUAGCAAAGCUUACAAUGCCUGUGUUGAAGGAGUUCUUGGUCUCUCAUGGUCGAGCUGCGGCUGGGAAGAAGGCCGAUCUGGUGGAUCGGGUUGAGCAGUACUUUGAGCAGAAGUCCUGA